GGUCAAGCCAAUCAGAAUCAGCUGACAGCCAGCAACUCAGCCCAACCUUGUGCCAUUAUGGCCACAGUCACUAUGUUACAAACAGCUCAGAAAGUGUUUUCACUGAGAGGUAUUUUCCCAGCAAUUACAACUCCGUUUGAUGACAAACAGGAAGUGCUUUAUGAGAAAUUACAUACAAAUCUACAAUUCUAUGAAAAAACUACCUUUCUCAGGUUACUUGAUAAAUGGCUCCAAUGGGGAGGUAGCAGCAUUGAGUAUUGAAGAACGGCUCCAGAUCCUUAGACAUGUUCACCAAAAUGUCGACCGAAAUCGCUUACUGCUGGCCAACGCCUACUGUGAAUCCACUAAACAGUGUUGUGAGAUCACCAAACUAUUGGCCAGCAAUGGUGCAGAUGCUGUGUUGGUCCUGAUACCCUUUUAUCACCGCAGAUCUCUGAAUGAAGAUGCAAUCCUGGCACACUUCAGAACAGUUGCAGACAGUUCACCAGUACCAGUCGUCAUUUACAACAAUCCUGGGGUAACAAACUUGGACAUCAGCACACAGACAAUCCUCAAGCUGGCAGAGCAUCCCAACAUCUGUGGUGUUAAAGAAGAUAAUGUGUCAAAGAUUGCUGAGUUAAUGGGUGAAAUUCAGAACAAAAAACUGAAUUUCGAAGUGACCCAGUCUUCGGGAAGUAAACUUCUGCAAUCUCUUGUUGUUGGAGCAUGUGGUGGGAUGGUAUCUCUGCCAAACAUUCUGGGAGACGAGGUUUGUCAGUUGUACAAACUGUAUAAAGAGAACAAGUUAGAAGAGGCUGCUAAGCUGCAGUACAGACUUGCUAGUGUUGACACAAUGUUGAUAUUGGCUAACCUGGGAGUGCCUGGAAUGAAGGCAGCCUUAGACCUGCUGGGACUAUAUGGAGGACCGUGUCGUCUACCUCUUCAGCCUCUCCCCUCCCAUGAUAUUGACAAACUUAAGGAUAGACUUGCACAAAAUGGCUUCCUUUAAAUCUAACAUAUUCCAUCUAUUAUAAUUAAUUAGUUUUGGGACAGGUUAUAUUUACCAUCAUAUUUAUCUGAUUUCGGGUUGCAUUUUCCCGACCAAAUACUGCAAGGAUUAAACAGUCCUAUAAAAAUGUUUUAUUUGACUUUUUUAAAAGUUUUUAUAGUAGUUAAAAUAUAAAAUAGUUUUUAAUUUUAUUUUUUUUCAUCUCACCUUGUUAAUCAGAUUGUUAUUUGUUAUGUAUUUUAUGAGUUUGUUCUGGUUAGUUACGUUGUUAUCUUGUAUCAAUAUUAUUUUUACUUCCUA